CUGUCUGAAUGAAGUAGUCUGCAGCAGAAGACGCCGGACAUCUACAUAAACAUGGCUUUCCAUGUGGAAGGACUGAUAGCUAUUAUUGUAUUUUACCUUGUAAUAUUGCUGGUUGGAAUAUGGGCUGCGUGGAGAACCAAAAACAGCGGCAGCGCAGAAGAACGUAGUGAAGCCAUAAUCGUGGGUGGCCGAGAUAUCGGGUUGCUGGUGGGUGGAUUUACCAUGACAGCCACUUGGGUUGGAGGAGGUUACAUCAAUGGGACCGCUGAAGCAGUGUACGUACCAGAUUAUGGUCUAGCCUGGGCUCAAGCACCAAUUGGAUACUCUCUUAGUCUGGUUUUAGGUGGUCUGUUCUUUGCAAAGCCUAUGCGUUCCAAAGGAUAUGUGACGAUGCUUGACCCAUUUCAGCAAAUCUAUGGGAAGCGCAUGGGUGGGCUCCUAUUUAUCCCUGCUCUGAUGGGGGAAAUGUUCUGGGCUGCAGCCAUUUUCUCUGCCUUAGGCGCUACCAUCAGCGUGAUCAUUGAUGUGGACGUGCACGUCUCGGUCAUCGUGUCGGCGCUCAUCGCCAUCCUGUACACCCUGGUGGGGGGCCUCUACUCCGUGGCCUACACAGAUGUCGUCCAGCUCUUUUGCAUUUUUAUAGGAUUGUGGCUCAGUGUGCCCUUUGCACUCUCACAUCCUGCCGUCACCGACAUCGGGUUCACCGCUGUGCACACCAAAUACCAGGAGCCUUGGCUGGGAACCAUCGAAUCGUUUGAAGUCUACUCGUGGCUUGAUAGUUUUCUGUUGUUGAUUCUGGGUGGAAUCCCAUGGCAAGCCUAUUUCCAGAGAGUUCUGUCUUCAUCCUCAGCCACUUACGCUCAAGUGCUCUCCUUCCUGGCAGCUUUCGGGUGUCUGGUGAUGGCUCUCCCAGCCAUUCUCAUUGGCGCCAUCGGAGCAUCCACAGACUGGAAUCAGACGGCAUAUGGGUUACCAGACCCCAAGACUAAGGAAGAAGCAGACAUGAUUCUGCCCAUCGUUCUGCAGUAUCUCUGCCCUGUGUAUAUUUCCUUCUUUGGUCUGGGCGCAGUUUCUGCCGCUGUUAUGUCGUCCGCAGACUCUUCCAUCCUAUCAGCAAGUUCCAUGUUUGCACGGAACAUCUACCAGCUUUCAUUCAGACAAAAUGCAUCAGACAAGGAAAUCGUUUGGGUCAUGCGAAUCACUGUGUUUGUCUUCGGAGCUUCUGCAACUGCCAUGGCGUUGCUGACAAAGACCGUGUAUGGGCUGUGGUACCUCAGCUCAGACCUCGUUUACAUCAUCAUCUUCCCGCAGCUUCUCUGUGUGCUCUUCGUCAAAGGAACCAACACAUAUGGGGCCGUGGCCGGCUACGUUUCUGGCCUGUUCCUGAGAAUAACUGGAGGGGAGCCUUACCUGUACUUACAGCCCUUGAUCUUUUACCCGGGUUAUUACUCUGAUAAGAAUGGUAUAUAUAAUCAGAGAUUCCCGUUUAAGACGAUCGCCAUGGUUAGCUCAUUCUUAGCCAACAUUGGCAUCUCUUAUCUAGCCAAAUACCUAUUUGAAAGUGGAACUUUCCCACCAAAAUUAGAUGUAUUUGAUGCUGUUGUUGCGAGACACAGUGAAGAAAACAUGGAUAAGACAAUUCUGGUGAAAAAUGAAAAUAUUAAAUUAGAUGAACUUGCACCUGUGAAGCCUCGGCAGAGCCUGACUCUCAGCUCAACGUUCACCAACAGGGAGGCUCUGCUUGAUGUGGACUCCAGUCCAGAGGGGUCUGGGACUGAAGAUCACCUGCAAUGACCCCGGAGGACACUCUGCUUUCUCACACAAAGCACGGUAAUAGGGGAGUGGUGGAAAGAGAGUUUGCAACAUAUAACAAAUUCAUUUAAAAAAAAUAUAAGCAGAGUUCA